CAUUAUUAUUAUUGUCAUCUGCUUCGUUCCCAAUUUGUGUGUUGCGAGAGAGAGAGAUCUAGGGUUUGAUCGAUUCUCCAGCGACGAUGUUAAGCGACGAUUCGAGGGCGAAAAGAGCUGCGACUGAGGAGGAAUCUGACUCUUCUGUCUCAAAAAAGCCGAAGAUCGAAGAUGAAGACGACACAUGCAUGGAAGACGAAGACGAUAGCGAUAGCAAUAACCCAUUCUUAUGGAGUACCGACGGAGAAAACGAUGACUCUCCGACAAUCAACUAUUUAAACUUUCAAGAUCCGGAACCGGAGUGGGAUAAGGACAGUUACGAUGGUUACGAAUUGGAAUUCGAUCCUGACGGCCGUGAAGGUUUCCCCGACGACAAGGCGUACCAAGACUUCCGCGACUAUAAAACCAAGGCCUUUAAGAAUAGGGGGUUUUUUGAAGAUCCAUUCAGAUCCAUCUACCCGAUUAUAGAUCUGGAAGAUCUUUGGUCAGACACGACAAACGUGACUAGGAGGCAAUAUUUGGCAAAUAUUGCUUCCCUGUGUGUUAAGAAACUCAACGAGCAGAAUCGUUCGUCUGUGGAAGUUGUAAGCAUUGUGAGAGGCAAUCUAAAACCAGGAGGUGGGUAUAAACUCUACAUCACCUUUAUGGCUCGGGAGUAUCCGGAUGGUCCUCUAGUGGAGUAUCAAGCCAAGGCAAUGGAUUUUGCAGGAGGCAGAAAACCUCCCUUCCCCAUUCUCUGCAGACCAGCCUCUAGCAUAUCCUAAUCUGUGACUUGCAUUAAGGGUAUGGUGCUCUUCUAGAGGAAGAUUUAGAUCAAAAUAAGGCUUUCGAGUUACAAGUUUCAUGAGUCCUCAUGUGGAUUUAGUUUUUUUUUUUUAAUUUGGCGUUCAAACUUAUGGCCCUACCUUUAUGUUGUAUUGUAUAAUUAUGGAUUUUAGUAAUGGUUGCUAUAUUAUGUUUAAUGUUCAUUUUAGAGUAUACGUUC